GGCGGCGGCUGCUGCGCCUGUCACUGCAGGCCGGCCCCGCCCCGCGCUGCGUGGGGCGCUCCGUCGUCGCGACCACAGUCGCUGCGCGUGCGCACUUGCCUCCGCAGUUUAUUUGCGCACUAACCGCGCACUUAUCCGAUUGUUUUGAUGUGCGCGGUAAUUACUCGGAAGGACCUCCUCCGUGCAGUGCGUUCUCUCGACCUUGGUGAUCCUCUAUCAAUAUAUCAGUGCGUGCCUAAUAUCUGGAUCUGGUGCAAUUGCGCGGGAAAUAUCGGCCUUUGUAGGUCGACUGGAAAUGCAUCCAUUGAAAAGCAGCUGACAAUUAUUUACGACUUGACCUGAAAAUAAGGUCUUUCCCUUUCUAAUGAUUUUACGGGCGUACGCGGCCGCGUUGCUGCUGCUGGGCGCCGCCGUCCGCGCCGCCGCCGACCCUGCUGCAAGUAUCAACGGGAAUGAGGAAGAGUGGCGCGUGACGGUGACCGUAGUGUCGCCGGACGCGAGCGACACGGGCGGCGCGGCGCUGGCCAAGUUGGCGGCGCUUGCGCUGGAGAAGCGAGGCGUGCCGGCGCAGAUAGCGGCGCCGCCUGCCGCCUGCGCCGCGCCCGACGCGCCGACGUGUCUGGAAGCGGUGCUGCGCGCGCUGGCGGACGGCGCGGUAGACGCAGCUAUGCUGCCGACGCCGGCUGCGCGCGCGCCCUCCGCGCCCUCCCUGCGCGACGCUGGCCUGGAAGAGCUGGGCGACGCUGCGCCGGCCGCGCGCCGCGCCUGUCUCGCCUCGCGCGGCGCGCUGCGCUCGCUGCUCGAUCUUACCAACCCAGACAGCGCCCGCUCCUAUCAACUUUCUAUUAACGACCUUGAGCUCGUCUUAAGACUUCCCUGUAAGGAAAACGAUUGCCUGAAUGAAACAUUCACUCCCAUUCAAUGUCAAGAUGGCAACGUAACGUGUGCUACUGUGCUCACUGGAGACACAGUUGAGUUAGACGUGAUGUCACAAGUUGUUCGUGAAUACGGUCUGUAUGCGCGGGUGAUGUCGCUGGGUGGGCGCUUGGCGGCGGCUGCCGCGGCGCUGAACGCGAGAGAAGUGAUAGUAUGCGACCGCGCGCCCGAUCUCACGCAGCUGGCGCGCCUGUCCGCGCACUCGCUGGGCCCGCCGCCCUGCCGCGCCGCCUGCGAUCCUGCACGCUGCCGCCUUUACCCCGACCCGUGCCCCUUCGAACCGAGGCGAUUUCUCAAACUGGCGAACGCUCGCUCUCUGACUCGAUCGACGACGGCAGUCCGCGUGCUCACUCAGUUAUGGCUCGAUACUGACGAGUUGCGCAAUCUUAUCGUGCAUGCGCAUCUCUAUGGUCCUGUCCCAGCGGCACACGCCUACCUCAAAGACCACCCGCAGAUCACUCCCCUGGGAGAGGUCCGGACAGCCGUGUUGAUCCCGGCGAAUACAUCACGGGAAGCGUUUGACGCACCGGCUCUAAUCGCUGCCGCUGCGCUCGCCGAGGAGGAUCUCUUAGAGGCGGGAGUUCCUCGCACGGCACAUUUCAAGGCCGAACUAAGCGAUGACGGGUGUGCGGCACCGCACGCCUACAAGUACCUGACCGACGCAUUGGGCACGGGCGAGUAUGGCGCGCUGUCAGCGGUAGCAGGGCCUGCGUGCGGCGCGGCUUGGGCGGAUGCGGCGCGGCUGAGUCCGGCGCACAUGCUGCCGGUGCUGGCCUACACGCAGCAGAGUGCGCCGCCACCCGCAGCGUGGCUGGCGCUGCUGGCGGCGGGCGACGCGCGCGACCGCUCCGCCGCGUGGGGCGCCGCACUCGCGCACUUUGGCUGGCGGCGGCUGGCCGUGCUCAGCGAACCUGCCACGCGCGCCUCCUUUGACCAAGCCACGUUGCAGGUGGACGUCAUCGUCCACGUAGAGCUCUCCGAAAAUGCAGACAAUCAGAGCGACCUCAUCACAAGGUGGAUAGACCGAGUGAAAUCAGUAAAUGCGCGGGUCUUAUACUUGAACCUGGAAGAUGCCCGCUUAGUGCGCGCGGCAUUGUGCGCAGGGCGAGCGGCGGGGCUCGCGGGGGAUGGGGCGGUGUGGCUGCUGCCGGGGGCGCCGCGUGCCGGCUGGCUGCGGCCGGCGCGCGGCGAUACGCCCGCCUGCUCGGCCGCGCAGCUUACAGAAGUCGCUGAGGGACAUCUGAGCUUCGCGCCAGAAUGGCUGGUGGAUUGGCGGGACGUUCAACAUAAGCAAACGGAAAUCGCUACGAGCGAUAUGGAGUCGUCGCGAGCGCGAUGGCGUCGUCGCUGGCGCGUGCGCUGCGCGUCUAGAUUGCCGCGCGGGGCGGCGCGCGCGGCUUGCGGCACGGCCGACCCGCACGCCGCGCUGCUCUACGACGUGCUGCGGCUAUGGGCCUCCGCCCUCGACGCUCUAUUGCUGGAGCAGCCCGCCGCCCUCGAUGACUUGCAUCAACCUGAACUCGUCAGAUUCCUUAUUGAAAAUGCCACUACUAGGGAAUAUGUAGGACUGACAGGACGCUUCGAGUGGAACAGUGAAAACGGCGCGUAUGCGCGAGUGUCGCCCCUCGUACUGCAGCAAUGGAACAACGGUACGCGGCGGCGGGUGGCGCGGUGGACGCGCGGCCGGUUGGCGGUAGAGGGCGUAGUGCACUGGAGAACGAAAGAUGGCAGUGCGCCCGAUGACGGCGCCGAACACUGCACGCUGCAGCCGCUGGCCGACGUACUGCACGCGGACUGCCGGACGGCGCUGGUGGCGUUGGCGGCGCUGCUGCUGGCGGGCGCCGUGGGCGCGCUGGCCGGGCUGGCCGUGCACUGCCGCCGCCGCGCCGAGCAGGAGUAUCGCGCCCGCCUCGCGGCCCUCGACAUGCGGACUAUCUCCCUGAAGCCUGGCGGUCUGGACCGCUGGGAGGUGCCGCGUGAACGUGUCGUCAUCAACCGUAAGCUCGGCACCGGCGCUUUUGGCACGGUGUACGGCGGACACGCCUUAUUGUCUGAAGAACGAGGCUGGACAGCCGUAGCUGUCAAGACCCUCAAGGCGGGAGCCACAACCGAAGAAAAGCUCGACUUUCUUUCCGAGGCGGAGGCGAUGAAACGCUUCGAUCAUAAAAACAUAGUGCGUUUACUAGGAGUCGUCACGAAGACUGAGCCCGUUUGUACGGUGAUGGAGUUUAUGCUGUACGGUGAUCUAAAGAACUACUUGCUGGCUCGCCGGCACCUGGCGGGUGCGGACUGCGGGGAAGGCGCGGAGGAGGUGUCGGCGCGGCGGUUAACCUCCAUGGCGCUGGACGCGGCGCGCGCGCUGUCGUACCUCGCGCAACUGCGGUACGUGCACCGCGACGUAGCCGCGCGGAACUGCCUCGUCAGCGCGCACCGGCAGGUCAAGCUGGCCGACUUCGGUAUGACGCGAAUCGUGUUCGAAAAUGACUAUUACCGCUUCAGCCGAAAGGGGAUGCUGCCGGUACGCUGGAUGGCGCCCGAGAGCCUCACGCUCGGCGUGUUCUCGCCCGCCUCCGACGUGUGGUCGUUUGGAGUAUUGCUCUACGAGAUCGUCACGUUUGGCUCGCUGCCGUUUCAGGGCUUGAGCAAUAGCGAGGUAUUGACGCGCGUCAAAGCGGGGCAUACGCUGGAAUUGCCCCCCGGACUGAAGCCCCAGUUGGAGGGGCUGAUCAAGUCGUGCUGGCAGCAGGAGCACAAGGCGCGGCCGAGCGCUGCGGAGGUGGCCGCGUUCCUGGCGGACUGGCCGCGGCUGCUGGCGCCCUGCCUUGCGUUGCCGCUGGACGCGAUGCCGCUCGACGCCGACCCCUGGCGUCUACCCCCAGACAUUACAGAGGCACGAUGGGUGUCGUGGACGGCGCCCGCGUCGGCCGGCACGGAUACCACGUACCUGAGUUCGGACGAGCGCCCGCCGUCCGACUGCGACGCGCUGAUGCGCUGAUCAACUUGCCGCAUGGAUCUGCAACAGACUUUAUCUACCAAUAAACAUCAUUCCAUAAUAUUCUAGUCAUUAGGUACCUACUUAUAGUAAAACGUGUAAAACUCCAUACAGCAGAAUAUAAAGCUGUUGGCCUGCUUGUUUUAGUUAAUUAUUUAUUAAAAUUGUACAAACCUUAGUACUAGUAAUAUGAUGGGGAUAAUGGUUAUAUCAAUAGGAGUACGAGAUUAAUUACGUACCUAAUUAGGUCCUUUUAUGCGGACGGUCAAAGGUUACAUACCUAGGUACUUAAGUUUGCAAACCAUUUUUUUUCUAGAAUCUCUGAAUUGUUUUCAUCAUCAUGUCAUAAGAACAGGACUUAUAAAUUAAGUAAGUACCUAACCAUUUGGGUACAAGAAACGAAAUAAACUUAUUUUGUUGUUCAUUUCUAAGAGACGAACAAAUGCUAAGUUUCGUAGUCACUAGGAAUUAGAAUUUAGAUAUAAUAAUAAACGAAAGGAUUCACUGUCUCUACCUAUAAAUAUAAACAUAUAUAUGAGUAUAUAUAAAAAAUGACAUUAUUUAAAAAUAUAUAUUAAAUUGUCCUUAUUUAAAAAUAUAUUUUAAUAAGGACAUUUUUUUAUAUUUAUAGUAAACUAUAUACGUUUUUAUUAGCGGGAACCUUUGGCUUUCCGAUUUGUGUUUUAAGUGACUAUUCUGUAUAUUAUGGCUGUUGGUUCUCCUAAGAAUGAAUAAAUAAAUAGUUCGAUAUUAGGUUUAUCUCCGUUAACAGAGUACCUACUGAAAAAUAUUAUUAUUGUACCUACCUACCUAUCUAUACCAACCUACAUAAAACCCACGAAUGACAACUCAUUAGUAAUGUGUGAAAACUUUAUUUUAUAAGUACCUAGCAAGUUUGUACGUAAACAUUAAAUAAGCAAUUUGAACUAAUAAGACUGUCCUUAUUUACAAAUAUUAUGAUGUUGUAAAUAUAUAUAAGUAAAUAUAAAUAAGUAAGUAACUAGAUAGGUUCAUAUUUAGUCCUAUAGGUCUCAUCAAAGUACAUUUCUUGAAGAUUUCACAGGUUAAUAACAAGUGAGUAGUCACUUACUUGACCACCAGCUAUCUAUCUAGGUACCUACUUAUGUCAAUAAAAUUUAAUUUGCCAUAUUUUUUUCUUUGAAUUAAUGCUUUAAGCCGUAUUCAGAUGAGAGCAAUUUUUUUUCAGAUGCUGUGUUAGAAUUUCGAAAACAACUUUUAAGG